AUGGACGGGCCACCGACCAUGCUGGGCUCGUCGGUGACGCCCACCGCGACCCCUGCUCAGAAGGAGAGGCCUUUCAGUCCACAAUCGUCGAGCACCAUCUCCGGUCCCCGACCAAGUCUCGACCUCAACGAUGGCGGCAACCUCCAGCUUCCCUCUGCUGCCAACGGCCCUGCCUCCGUUCGGAACAUGUCCACUUCGGCCGUCAGCUUCGGUCCCAGGGGCUCGAGCCUCAACCCCUCCUCUAUGGCUGGUCCGGGUAGUUUCAGCUCCGACCUGAGGAGUCAGAUGGGGCAGUCACGCGCGGGCUCGAGAAUGGACGUCUACAACAACCUGGGCACGCUGGACGAGGCAGGCGACGCCUCAGCCAAGGACAGACUCCUUGCCGAUCUGCGCGAUGACCUCGCAAGGGAGAACAAGAUCAAGGAGGGCAGUGAGAACAUGCUUGAGGCCCUCAACAGCAAAAAGCCAAAACAGGUCAAGGAGCAGAAGGCAAAGGUCGAGGCCGAGCUGAACGCCUCCUACGCUCGCAUCAGGAACCUCAAAUUGCGCAUAGAGGACAUCCAGCAGGCCAAGGCGGCUCCCACCACACCCAUACGUGCCCCGGAGGAGUUCUUCCCCGCCAGAGGGAUCCGGUCUCCCCAAAGCGCAUCGAGGAGUGGUGCUGGCUCAGAGAUCGAAGAGACCAUGGACCCCACAUACCAGCUUGGGGAGCUCCUGCAGGCUCUGGAGGCCACUGGCCUGACGCCUGAGUACUACGUUGCCAAGGCCAACAGUCUUGUCGACCUCUUCAAGCAGUAUCCAAUGCUGAAGUAUGACCUCGUUUGGUCCAUCUUUGGCCUCAGGGUGCAAAUGAUGCUGGUCAGUGACAGCAGGGAGGUCGUGGCAGCAGGCUACAGGAUGACCCGCUACGCCAUGUCGGACAGGGUCUCUCUCAAGAAGAUCCGCACCCUUAACACCGAUUACAUUGUAAUCUCGUCCUUGAUCAAAGACAGAAAGGCCGACCUGGAGAGGGAACAAGCAUUGAAGUUUGUGCGCGCUUUCCUCGACAUCAAAGACGGUGUCAAAGAGCUGUCAAGGGCGGUCGUCAGAACAGUUGUCUCCAUUGCAGAACACAACGAAGACAGGCUGCGGUCGAUUUGUCUGGAAACGCUGGCGGAGGUCCUUGUUCGAGACCCUCAACUGGCUCUUGCCUCCGGUGCGAUGGCCAUCCUCUGCGAUGCCCUGACAGAAGGCUCUUACAAGGCUCCACAGAGUCUAAUUUCGGGCUUUCUGUUCCUGCUGGAUUGUCCCCGGCGGCGAAAGUAUCUUCGACCAGGCUAUGAUGUCGAGGUCAUCUUCAACGUCUUCACUGAUGUCUUUAUAUCCAGCGAGACCAUCCUGAAGCACAACUCCAAGGCUAUUUCUUCGGCGCUCAAGACGUGGUCAGGUCUCAUGUACCUGUCCAUGUACAAUUCCAGGGCCAUCAGGUCCCUGAUAUCAAGCUUGGUCAUUCCCAAUCCGCAUGCCAGGGACACUGUCAUUGACCUUCUCUACGCGCUCCUGCGAAUCAAAUCGCCAGCAUGGGCAACGCCAUUUCUGGCCGGCAGAAGGCUUACAACCUACGGGAGGGUCACUGCACUGAACACGACCGCGCCGAAGGGAACACAGGCGUAUAUCGAGGAUGAUGGGGGAGAGCAGAACUUCGUGGACCACUACACUGCACUGCUCCUGGCGGCCCUGAUCCGGUCGGACCUGGUGCCGACGCUCCUCAACCUCGCUCGGGACGCAGAAGACGAGACACUGAAGCGCAAGUCGACGUUGCUGUUGGGUGAGGUUCUCAGGCUCUCAAGUCGACUGCUGCCUCCUUCAUGGAGCAGCGAGCUGCAGUUUUUGCCGGGACUCUUCUCAGCGGCUGUCCGGUUCGAUGACAAGUCGCACUUCGUUGCCACAAGUCUGGUUUAUCAGAUCAGCAGUGUCAGUCGUACGCUCUAUCGGUCCUCUCCGUCUGUUUUCACAGCUGCUGGGCUUGCGUCACAUCAAAUUGCAAAUCCAGGAUUGGAAGAAGAGCAGACCAGAGCCGCGCCCGUUGUGAGCGUCGAUGAAGGCACAUUCCGGCAGCUAUUGGUUGACUCCUACGUCCUCAGUAGCAGCAACUACCUCAAGUGGAACUGGGACAUCAUACUCAAGGUCAUCGAGGGACCUUUGACAAUCAAUAAGAGAGUUGAGGAUGCCAUCAAAGCGUCGAAAUGGAUGAAGAGAUUGAUGGGGUUCUACCGGCCAUUCAAGUACCGAUUUUCAGACAUGAAGAACACGCGGAACACACAGAAGUACGUCAGGGCGGGUUGUGCUCUGAUGCAGGCGCUUCUUCAGACACCACAAGGCCGGGCGUAUCUGGUAGACAACAAAGUUUUGAGGCAACUCGCCGAGUGCCUGGCUCAAUGCGAUCCGAAAAGCGGCUUAACUGCUCGGGUACCGCUGUUUUCCAAAGACCGACUCAUGGACACGCUAAGUGGAGGAUACGUUGCUAUGCUCGGUGUUUUAACAGGGGACGUCAGAGGCUUAGAGAUGAUGAAUCGGUGGAGGAUGUUCAACAUGAUAUUCUCCAUCCUUGACGGCCAGCGACGCCCUGACCUGAUCAAGAUGAUGCUUUCGCACUUUGACUACAAUAUCCAACACCACCCUCAGGUCCUGCUUCAGAAGGCCAUGACCAGCAAUACUAAAGAGAUACGGAUGUACGCUACUAACAUACUCGGGAAGCACGCCAACGAUCCCAAGGUCAACCUGACUGGCGACAUGAAGUGGGCCAUCAGGGCUCUUGUGACGCAGCUCUACGACCCGGAAGUUGAAGUCAGCGCUACCGCAAUCAAAACACUCGAGAAGGCGUGUAACACAAGGAACUAUCUGGAAAUGAUCGUUGAGUGCAAACCGGGGCUGGAUCAUCUGGGGGAAAUCGGUGCUCCCCUGCUGCUACGAUUCUUAUCCACCUCGAUAGGCUACCAUUACUUGGAUGGCCUUGACUACAUCAGCAACGAAAUGGAUGACUGGUUCCUCGGCCGUAACGACACCUAUGUCAACACCGUCGAGGCCAGUCUCGCCCGUGCCUUUGGCGAUGGCCAAGACGAGCCUGCCAACCGCCUGACCUUGCUUGGUGACGAACCGGACGCAGAAGCUGACCCGCACGUUCCGCCACACUUCUACCGCGAACUGACACGCACCUCAGAAGGCUGCAAGCUUCUGCAAGACAAGGGCCACUUCGCCGAAUUCGCGGCCACAAUCAAAGAGCAGGGACUAGAAGCCGAUGACGCUGAGACGAUGAUCAAGGUCAAGGGGUGCAUGUGGGCUGUUGGUAAUGUGGGUUCCAUGGAGCGUGGCGCACCAUUUCUGGAGAGCUGCGACGUGGUCCAGGACAUUGUGCGGAUCGCCGAGUUCCACGAAGUCAUGAGCAUGCGAGGGACCGCGUUCUUCGUCAUCGGUCUGAUCUCAAGGUCUGUUCACGGGCUCGAGAUGUUGUCGGAGCUCGGUUGGGACGCGAACACAAACUCGCUAGGGAACUCGACCGGGUUCUGCGUCCCCAGCGACCUGUCGAGAUUCUUCUCGCUGAAGCCCUGGCAGCAUGAGACGGCCGGUGCCAUAGUCUUGCCAGACACGCAGAGGACGGAAAAGAGCGCGAAACCGCCAGUGUUGCCGUCUCGGCCGCGAUCAGACUCGCUGAUGGAGGCCAUGGGGCCGCCGACGUCCGAGUAUGGCUACGCUAACACCGGCGCUUUCGACGACGACGAGCCUGUAGAACUGGAUCCGGACCCGCUCAACCACAAGAUACUCGAGCUCUUCAUCGACCUCAGCAACACAGUACGCUUCGGUAAGGCCCGGACCGAACUUGUGCAGCUCAAAGAACAGAAGAAACCCCCUGGGUUUUCCAACCCGCGAUUGUUCCGGAGGGUGGUGGCUCUCAUGGAGACGCACCACUACAGAUUAAAUGCGCGCCGUAUGCUUGAACUAUUCGAGCGUACCGUGCUACGGCAGGUCGUCUUUGAGGAGGAUGGGGAGGGCGAGGAACCUGACGAUCCCACUGAGCUGCCAAGAGAGGGAUCUGGCGCCGACACGCCAGCUGGGGACAAGGAUGAAGAAAGAGGGCCCGAGGACGUGAGCUCUGGCGCUGAAUAG